AUGAAGUACAAGAUCAUACCCAACGGCAGUCGUCGUGUCAUCGGGGAAGGCUCAUACUCCAACGUCUUCAAGGCUGAAGAGAUCAAUACUGAGACAAGGAAUCUAGUUGCUCUCAAAGUCUCUCGCGCCUCUCUCAAAAUCAAGAGACCCCUCCUCAGGCAUGAGUCGCGUAUCCUACAGCGUUUACAAGGCCACCCUACGAUCCCACUCUUAUUUGGCUACGGACAUUUAGAGCAUUUUGAAUAUCUCUCGAUGGAACUCCUCGGACAGUGCAUAAGCGACUAUGUAAAAGCUGAUAUGGGGCUUCCAGUCAAGACGGUCGUUCAUGUCAUCGAUCAGCUGGUGGAUGGAUUGGACCACAUUCACUCGCACGGCAUUGUAAAUCGCGACGUUAAACCAGGCAAUAUCCUCCGAGUGCCAAACGACCCCUCUCGAAUCAAGAUUACCGACUUUAACAUUUCAAAAUUCUUCUCACGCGGUCCACCGACCAAAUUUGAUCCCUCAACACGAUCUGUCGUCGGAUCACUCAACUGGGCAAGUCUCAAUUCGCACAACGGACUCGACCUUCGUCCUCGCGAUGACCUCGAGUCUCUCGCUUAUACCGCAAUCAACCUCUUGCGAGGCAGUUUACCAUGGGAUAACCGACCACGACUCGAGGCAGACGAUCGAUCGCAAGAAGUCGUUCGCAUUUUGAAAGAACGCGCGUCUCCUGCUGCACUCUCGGAUGGGUUCCCCAGUGCCUUUGGAGAGCUUAUCGCGUACUCGCGUGGCCUCUCGUAUGACCAGUUGCCCGACUAUGCGUACCUCAGGUCUCUAUUCUCUCGACUCGAUUUAUCUGGCAAGAAUGUCGACUCGGCGGUACUCGAUUGGACACCAUGCACAGUACCAAAAUGGCCUACAUCGUUGACACUGGAACCGGAAUUGGAUUUCCAAGAAAACGAAGAUUUUGAUAGAGACGAUGGCGAAAGACCCCUAAAGAACAGUUAUGACGAGUGGGACUUUGAGUGGUGGGACUAUCGACAGGCAGAACGAUAUAAAGAGCUAACGUUCCCCGCAACUGUUGGGGAAGAACUUGAUGGAUGCGUACCGGCGAUAACCUACGUCGAUCAUUCUCUUUAG